AUGGAAUAUCAAGUUGUAGAUGUGGCUGUUCAUGUGAUUGAGAAUAUGGACUCAGUUAUUGUGGUAAUUCCAAUAAGGUUGAAGGAACUUGGGAUGAGUUACCGGGGCUUGAGGGGUGGAAUUCAUAAAGAAUUUCUUUCUAAGCCAGCCAGCACUGGUGCAAUGGACCAGCAAGGCCAUGGUCAGCCUCCAGCAGUAGGCAUGGUUGGAAGUACAGCUCCGAUUCCUUAUGGCAUAACUUCAUAUCAACCUAACCAGAUGAUGGGACCUUCUGCAGCUGGAUCACUUCAAUCUCCUACUCAGCCAGCAGUUCUCGCUGCUUCUUCAGCUCAGCUUGCUCAACACCAGCUUGCUUACCAACACAUCCACCAGCAACAGCAGCAACAGUUGCAGCAACAACUUCAAACUUUCUGGACAAAUCAGUAUCAAGAAAUUGAGCAGACUACUGAUUUUAAGAACCAUAGCCUGCCCUUGGCUAGGAUUAAGAAGAUUAUGAAGGCAGAUGAAGAUGUAAGGAUGAUAUCAGCUGAAGCUCCUGUCAUAUUUGCCAGGGCCUGUGAGAUGUUUAUUUUAGAACUGACCUUGCGGUCUUGGAAUCACACAGAGGAGAACAAAAGGAGAACACUCCAAAAGAAUGAUAUUGCUGCAGCAAUUACAAGAACUGAUAUUUUCGAUUUUCUGGUUGAUAUUGUCCCUAGGGAGGAUUUGAAAGAUGAGGUGUUAGCAUCGGUCCCAAGAGGGAGUCUUCCAGUUGGAGGUCCACCUGAUACUCUUCCUUACUAUUACAUGCAACCUCAGCUUGCCUCCCAGGUCUCUGCUCCAGGGAUGACUGUAGGAAAGCCUGUGGCGGAUCAAGCUCUUUAUGGCCAACAGUCUCGCCCUUAUGUGGCACAACAGGUUUGGCCACAUCAAACACAGCAGCCACCUGAAGAUUCCUGA